AUGGAGUUCUAUAAAGCAGCUUGGCCAGUGAUUGGAAAGGAUCUCAUCAUAGUUAUCCAGUCUUUUUUCCUCUUCGGCUUCAUGCCUCAUAGUGUCAACGCCACCCUGCUGUCGCUGAUUCCGAAAACUACUGAUGCUGAGAAGAUGACCGACUUCAGACCUAUUGCUUUCUACAACGUCAUCUAUAAGGUUAUCUCCAAGAUCCUUGCUAGAAGACUCAAAGCCACUCUCCCGGAAGCUAUAGAACUGAACCAAUGCGCUUUUGUGGAGGGCAGAUUACUCCUGGAAAACGUCCUCUUAGCUACGGAGCUUGUUAAAGACUACCAUAAGCCAUCGGUCUCCUCCAGAUCUGCUAUUAAACUAGACAUCUCCAAAGCUUUUGAUACAGUAAGAUGGUCUUUCAUCGAGAGUACUCUUCGUGCGAUGAACUAUCCAGAUAUCUUUGUAACCUGGAUAAUGAAAUGUAUAGAAACUGCAACCUUUUCAGUUUCUGUCAAUGGAGAGCUAGAGGGUUUUACAAGGGUGCUCCCUCUCUCCUUAUCUCUACGUCAUCAUGAUAUAGUUGUCUUCAAUGAUGGAACACCAGAUUCGCUUCUUGGUACUCUCCAAGUGUUCGAGGAGUUUUCUGUAAUGUCGGGUUUGAGAAUUAAUGUAGUCAAAUCCACAGUCUUUGCAGCAAGAAGAGGGAAGCUCGUUCAUGAGGAUGCAGCAGCAGGGUCAGGUUUAUCCACCUCUGCUGCCUAUCAAGAACCGGCUUUUAUCAUGGACGAGCAAGGCCCUCUCAUAUGCGGGAAGGUUGACUCUUAUCAAAGCUGUAUCGACGAGAUUGAGAGCAUGUGCUCUGCAUUCCUCUGGAGUGGUUCGCCAAAUAUAACGUCAAAGGCAAAAAUUGCUUGGGAAGAUGUGUGUUGUCUUUAUGCUGAGGGAGGUCUAGGUAUUCGCCGCAUUCAGGAGUCUGAUUCGCUUUGGGUCAUUUGGGUGAAGAGGUAUCUCUUGCUAGGUGAGACCUUAUGGGAUGCAAAAGACACGGGUUUGGGUUCAUGGGUGUGGCGCAAGUUGCUGAAGUUUCGAUCUCUGGCAAAAAACUUCCUUUUGAUGGAUGUUAAGGAUGGCGCCACUGCAAGGUUCUGGACUGAUCUGUGGUUUCCUAAAGGAAGACUUAUUGAGAUUUUUGGGGAACUUGAGAGGGUUAAUGGAGAUUCCGCAGAUGUCGUGACAGACAUAUCCAAAGCUUGGGUGCACAAGGAGACUGUACUUUGGAGCAAAAUUGUUUGGUUCCCUCAAGGUGUUCCUUGCUUUGCUUUCAUCACUUGGUUUGCGGUCAAGGAUAGGCUCCCCACUGGUCAUUAUUCUCGACGGUGGGGUCAACCGCAACAUUGCCUCUACUGUGGUGAACCAGACGAGACUAGAGACCACCUUUUCUUUGCGUGUCCUUAUACUUUCACUCUUUGGCUGAAGAUGGUAGGGAAUUUGUUUGGGACUGAUCCGGAUCCGGACUGGGACAUCACUCUGUCUACAAUGCUGUCUAGAUCAUACGACCGCCUGACUUUCAUAUUCCUCCGACUGGUCCUGCAAGUCACCAUUUACUUCAUCUGGCGUGAACGCAACGAUAGGAAGCACGGUACUAGCCAUAAGACAGUUGAGCAGCUUGCAAAGUUGAUUGAUAAAACAGUUAGGAAUCGCAUCUCAUCUACAAAGUACACUCUCAACCCGCGACUGCAAGGUUUAAUGAUCAGGUGGUUUGCAGCUCAUGACACUGCAAAUUAG